AUGGCAGCGUCUUUAAAUCUCUAUUAUUGUUUAAUCGUUUUGCUCGUUUAUCGAGCUUCGACUGCACCAUUGUCUCCCAAUAAUCCUGAUCCGAUAUGUUCGUCUGCCCAACUUGUUGCACCCGGUCAAGGUUCAUUAGUUUAUAAAUAUACAACGGAAGUGAAAUUAUCUGUUGUUAAUGGUCAAUAUGAUUUAAAAAAUGAAAUUACUGCUGAUGUACACAUCAAAAGUUUAGGUGAUUGUAAUUAUGCACUUCAGCUUCGAAAUGUUAAAAUAAGUGAAACACAAGAUGAAAAUGAAAAACCUGUAACAUCACCAGCUCAAAAAGAACUGGAAAAUAUGGUUGUUCGUUUUCGAUGGGUUGAUGGUUUUCUUAUUGCUAUGGAAGCUGAUGCAUCAGCUACAGUUGAUCAUGUUAAUUUUAUUAAAGGUAUUCUAAGUGCACUUCAAGUUUAUUCACCUGUACAUAAUGAUGGUGAAAAUAUUGUAAGUAUUUCUCAA